AUGUCUUCCGCCUUGAGGUGCCACCAUUUCCUAACCACGGCGCAAAAUGGGACUGGCGACAUCGAGGAAACGCCCGGCAACGGCAACGGCAACGAUCACAGCGAAGCCGCGAGUCACCCUGAGCCUGCUGACAAAGGGUCGGCCGCGACGAGUGGCGGAGUCAUGUUGGAGCUGCGCAUGUACCUCCUGCUGAUGGCCAUCCUGGCGGCUACAGUGACGUACGUCGCUGGGCUAAACCCGCCGGGCGGAGUCUGGCAGCUGAGCACCAAGGACGGCUACCGCGCCGGCAACCAGAUCCUCGUGGUGACGGACCACACCCGGUACAACGCCUUCUUCUACAGCAACGCCACCGCGUUCAUGGCGUCGGUCGUGGUCAUCCUCCUCCUCCUCCUCGUAGAGCGGAGCGUGGACGGGAGCACCAAGUGGCUCGUCACGCUAAGGGUGGUCAUGGUGCUGGACUUGCUCGCGCUCAUGGUGGCCUACGCCGCCGGGGCAAGCCGGGGAACGGUCACAACCGUCUUCGCCUCCGUUCUGGUAUCCGCCGUCUUCAUCUAUAACAUGUUUCAUAUAAUCAUGUAUCUCCAACCCUGCGAGGACAAGAAAAAGAAACCUCCUUCCGAACCUCUACCUGAACCUGGGGUCGGGGAGGACAAGCACAAGCCUCUUCCUCAUGAAGAUCAAGGUCCCAAUGUUGCUAAUGAUUUGGAAGGCCUACUCAAAAUCGAGCGGCGGCGCAAGGUUCUUAUGCUGUUCGCGAUCUUCUCGGCCACCGUCACCUACACGGCAGGGCUGAACCCACCGGGUGGCUUCUUUCUGGUGACCCAGAACGGCCACCGCGCCGGUGACCCGGUACUCCAGGAUGGCCACUCCCGACGCUUCAUGGCCUUCUUCAUCUUCAACACCGCCGCUUUCAUUGCGUCCCUGGUUGCAGUCAUGCGCCUGACGACCAUCAGGAGCGAGCUCGAGAUGGACACCGUGGACCAGUGGCAGCAUGUCCCGUACGGGUUCGUCCUCGUCGCGCUGUUCAGCCUUUGCGGGGCCUACGCCGUCGGGAGCUGCAGGAGUACUACCUCCACCAUCUACCUCGGCGUGCUGGUUCUCCUUCUUGUCGUAUACAUCACCAUCCUGUUCCUCAUCCACAAAUACUGGUGGGAUAAGCUGUCCAACCUUGCUGGUCAAAUAGGAAGCCGGCUAUGUUCAUGCUGGACCUGGAUCCAUCAACCCAUCGGUUCAUGCUGGAGCCGGAUCCACAAACCCAUCAUCAAAGGAACCCCAGGGGGUGAGAAUGGAUCCAAGAAAAAGAUGGCGCCGGCGUCAUCGCCAGAGCCGCCAGAGAGCGAAGGCAUCAUUCAGCUAAGGAGGGCUCACUAUCUGGUGCUGCUACUUGCCACUGUUGCAGCGACCAUCACCUACCAGGCAGGGAUGAACCCGCCGGGCGGCUUCUGGCCUGACGACCGUGACGGGCACAAGGGCGGCGACCCGGUGCUGGUGACCACGCACCCCAGGCGUUACAGGGUGUUCUUCUACUGCAACUCCGCCGCUCUGGUCGCCUCGGUGGUUGUCAUCAUUAUGGUCCAGAGCAAGCAUCUGACAUCGAGCGCCGUCCACAAGAGCCACGGGCUGGAGGCCGCCAUGAUACUGGACCUGCUUAGCCUCAUGGCUGCGUACGCGGUCGGUUGUGCCCGGGACGUGAGCACCUCCCUCCACGUCGUCGCUCUGGCCGGCGCCGUCCUGGUCUACGUGGUCAUACACAUCGCCUUGUUCACGCUAGACCACAAGGGCGACAGCAGAGGCGACGACAAGGAGGAAGAGAAAAUGCUGAAGAGGCGCAAAGUACUGCUGCUGCUCGCCAUCUUGGCCGCCACCAUCACGUACCAAGCUGGGUUGACUCCGCCGGGAGGCUUCUGGGUCGACGAGGACGUGCCCGGUGGGCACACCGCAGGCUACCCAGUUCUCUCGACCGGCUACCCUCGCCGCUACGCCACCUUCUUCUACUGCAACGCGGCGAGCUUCAUGUCAUCCAUAGCCGUCAUCAUCCUCCUCGUCAACCCGAACCUGUACCGGCUGGGCAUAAGGUGCUACGCCCUCUACGUGUGCGCGGUGGCGGGCCUGUUCGGCCUCAUGGCCGCCUACGCAGCCGGAAGCUCUCGCCAUCUCCGGACAUCCAUCUUCAUGAUCUCACUGGUGGCUGUGGUAGUCACCUUCAUAAUCUUCUCCUAGCAUUCCAUUUCAAAUUCAAUAAGGGUCUCGGGCUCGGCAGCGCUCACGAAACCAAGGAGACCCCGAAAGGGAAAGAGGGGAACAAGAAAAGAUACACCAAGCGCAAGUACUUGAUGCUGGUGGGCAUCCUGGUUGCGAGCGUCACCUACCAAGCCGGCCUUACCCCGCCGGGCGGCGUCUGGCCGGACGGCAGCGACAGGCACGCCGCCGGCAACCCGGUGCUGCACGACAGCAACAAGCAGCGGUACCGUUUGUUUUUCUACAGCAACUCCGUUUCUUUCUUGGCGUCCAUCGUCGUCAUCCUCCUCCUGCUGUUGGACGAGACGUUGUUCGACCCAAAGCAGGAGUUGGUAUCGGACGAUCAGCAUCUGCUAUGGGUGGCCCAGUCCUCGAUUCUGCUGGCCCUGCUUGGCCUCCUGUGGGCGUACGCCUCCGGCUGCAGCCGGGAGUGGAAGACGUCGGGAUAUGUCGUCGCGCUCGCCGUCGCUGUGCUGCUCUACAUGGCCAUCCAUGUGGCGCUAUCAUGCCACGACAAGAAAGGCAAAAAAACACCUCAAGAGGACGGCAAAUCACCUGGCAAGCAAUGCAGUUCCGAAGACGGUGAAGGAAAGCUAGAGCGGGUUCAAUCUGAGAUUAACACUGUAUAGGGAACGAAUGAUCUAGAAAACAAUGUAUAGGGAACUCCGGAAUUUGUUUACUUCUGUUGACAUGGCUAUCGAUCCUUAAUUUGUACACAUGUACACGGCUAGUUUGUUAAUUGUCAUUUCGCACAUUAGGCAAA